AUACUAAUCUUUGGUAGUAAGCAGUGGAGACGUACCAAAGAUCGCCACACCCUUGAACCGCCAUCUUUAUACGUGUGAGGUGUCAGUCAACGUGACGUGAUACGGAUAGUUGAAGUUGUGAAAGGGAGUGGUGUAGAGUGAAGAUACCGCUGUUGGAAGACAGUUGAUUAGUGGAUCUUUCUUUCACCUGCAGACAAAUCGAGCCAGUAAAAAUGCCGAAAUCAAUGAACGUCCGCGUGACGACGAUGGACGCGGAGCUGGAGUUCUCCAUCCAGCACACGACGACUGGGAAACAACUGUUUGACCAAGUUGUUAAAACGAUUGGUCUGCGUGAAGUCUGGUUCUUCGGACUGCAGUACACUGACAGCAAGGGGGACCUGACGUGGAUAAAAUUGUACAAGAAGGUGAUGAGCCAAGAUGUGAAGAAGGAAAAUCCUCUGCAGUUCAAAUUCCGAGCCAAAUUCUAUCCAGAAGAUGUUGCUGAAGAGUUAAUACAGGAUAUUACAUUGAGGUUGUUUUACCUGCAGGUGAAAAAUGCUAUAUUAUCAGAUGAGAUAUAUUGUCCUCCAGAAACUUCAGUGUUACUGGCUUCUUAUGCAGUUCAGGCAAGGCAUGGUGACUACAAUAAAGCAAUUCAUACACCAGGAUUUCUGGCAAAUGACAGACUGUUGCCACAACGUGUGAUGGAUCAACACAAGAUGACUAAAGAGGAAUGGGAGCAGAGUGUCACAACUUGGUGGAAUGAACAUAAAGGAAUGCUUACGGAAGAUGCCAUGAUGGAGUAUCUGAAGAUUGCUCAAGAUCUAGAAAUGUAUGGUGUCAAUUACUUUGAGAUUCGAAACAAAAAGGGUACUGACCUUUGGCUGGGAGUUGACGCACUUGGACUGAAUAUUUAUGAGCAGGAUGAUAAGUUGACUCCAAAAAUAGGUUUUCCUUGGUCAGAAAUACGCAACAUUUCUUUCAAUGACAGGAAAUUUAUAAUAAAGCCAAUUGACAAAAAAGCACCUGAUUUUGUCUUCUUUGCUCCACGUGUGCGUAUUAACAAACGUAUCUUAGCAUUAUGCAUGGGGAAUCAUGAAUUGUAUAUGAGGAGGAGAAAACCAGAUACCAUAGAUGUUCAGCAGAUGAAGUCUCAGGCUCGUGAAGAAAAAUUGGCCAAACAACAACAAAGGGAAAAGCUCCAGAUGGAAAUAGCAGCAAGAGAGAGGGCUGAGAAAAAACAGCAAGAGUAUGAGGAACGUUUGCGUACAAUGCAAGAAGAAAUGGCAAAAAGGCAGCAAGAUUUGGAGGCCGCACAAGAUAUGAUUCGGCGUCUGGAGGAGCAAUUGAAGCAGUUACAGAAAGCUAAGGAAGAUCUAGAAAUGAGACAGAAUGAAUUACAAUUAAUGAUGGAAAGACUAGAAGAAAGCAAAAAUAUGGAAGCUGCAGAAAGAGCCAAACUUGAAGAAGAAAUUGCAUCGAAACAGGAAGAAGUCAGGAGGAUUCAAAAUGAAGUUGAGGCUAAGGAUGAAGAAACAAGACGCCUCCAGGAAGAGGUAGAAGAGGCACGCAGAAAACAAGAGGAAGUUAAACAGGCCUUGAUGGCAGCUACAACAACACCUCAACACCACCAUGUUGUAGAAAAUGAAAAUGAUGAAGAUGAUGAAACAGAAAAUGGGGAUGUUAGCAGAGAUCUUGCAACGGAUGACAAUAUUGUUGACCCUGUUGAGGAGCGACGGACAUUGGCGGAACGAAAUGAACGCCUCCAUGAUCAGUUGAAGGCUUUGAAACAGGAUCUUGCACAGUCACGUGAUGAGACUAAGGAAACUGCUUUGGAUAAGAUACACAGAGAAAAUGUCCGCCAAGGCCGUGACAAAUACAAGACUCUUCGUGAAAUUCGUAAGGGCAAUACAAAACGCCGUGUUGAUCAGUUUGAAAAUAUGUAAAUGUAAGGUUUUGUAUGUCCAUUGAUUAAGCCUUGUGUAACAACUGCUUUGCUCUGAGAGGGUUGUUCAGGGCUGAUAAAUAUUAAUGUGCUGUUUCUUGGUACAGUAAUUCGUACAGGCGCAAAUAUUUUGAAUUUGGACUUGGUCUGUUGUGCUAUAGACUGUUUCACCCUAGCAAACAGUACGUUUUCAUAUGGCUUGAGAAAUGCGGCAUGGUUUGGUGCAUUAUUGUUUCAGAGGAACAGGACAUACAUAUAUGAUAACAAUUAAAUUGUGGCCUUUGGUAAGUUUAAUGUUAUAGUUCUUUCUCUAGUGAAGAUGUUAAGACUGUGUGAAAGGUAUAUUAGUGCUAAAAAUUGUUAAGAAAGGUAUAGGGCAUCAAAUAACACUUCAUUUGCUAGAGUAAGAAAACGCUGUCAUAAAAUAUUUUCGAAUUUCACUUUCCAUUUCAACAUUUGAAUUUUACUUCAAAUAAUUGUACAGUAUUGUUAAAGUGGCCGUAUUCUGAAUACCAGAACGUAAGACAAUUGCCCUAUAUUUUUCAUAAUUUUUUAUAUUUAUAUAUGAAGUAAAAUGCAAUAUUUGCUUCCUCUGCAAAUGAAGAAUAUUUUGGAGAGGUUAAAAGCAGUUCAGCAAUUAUUGUUCUUGAUAUUACAAGAUAUUUUAUAUAAAGAAUCAUUCCAGUAAAUAACCCUUGACUACAUUCGUGUACAAAAGUGGAAAAUUAAGCAAGCAAUAAAAAAUGUGAAUUCUUCGGAAUAUUAAUUCUUUGUAAGAAGGAACUGGAGAGAUCAAAAUUGAACAGUAGUAUAUAGUUGAGGGUUUUGUAAUAUAUAUACUCAGUAAAUAUAUUCAGAGGACUUACGUGAGCAUUCCAUUUAAAAAGUCCCAUCUUCUUCCAGUAUUUAUAGGGUGCAUUUGUGAACUCCAGUUACAUAACGAAUACCCCUUUUCAUUAUGAAAAUAACUGCAUUCAUUGCAGUGAAACUUAGCUGCAAUGUAGCGAUAUUUCUGUCUUCAUCCAUAACUCAUGUUACCUCUUUUGUAACCAAUAGUGAUGAUUAUUGGUGCUUACAACUGAAAUAAUCUUGUAAAUAUAGGAAGUAUCCUGACUGGUGCAUCCAGAUAAUUUCCACUGUUACCUAUACAAUGCUUCCUUUGUAUUUACUCUGAAACAGGCUUGAAGUUAAAGUAUCUAGAGCCUGUAGGAAGAGUGUCUUGUCCUGAUAGCUGGAAACAAAAUUAUCUAUAAACUAUUUGCCUUGUUCCUGUUGAAAAGAGAAUAAAUGGAGAAGUUUUUUAAAAUGUAUGAAUUUAAAACAUCAGUUGUUACUCAUUGUGCAUAUUUUAGUUAUUUUUGCAUGUACCAGAAGGUCCAAGCUGUAAAUCUGCUUAUUAUAUAAUGCAUUCAAAUUUUAGAUUUCAAGAAAUAAGUUUAUUGAUUUAACAUGUGGUUUGUACUAACAUAGAUUUGGUGUUGCACAUUGAAUAUUUUUUGUGAGCAUUUACAGUAAUGUGUAAAGAAAGGGAAGUAGCCAGAGGUAAUUUGAUAUUUACAUAGAGCACUAUUUUUUUUGAACACUUUAUUUUAAAGAAGCAUUGCGGGAAUGUAAAUUAUUAAAAUUCUUGAAAUUAAAGUACUUAUAUAUUUUUCUAAGCAUUUUAGCUGUCAGAAAUAGUUAUUUUAUCAGUGUUAAUAAAAGUCCUGCCAUUUCAUUCGUAACUCAAUUUUCUGAUAACUACGGAAUCUCGAAUAAAGAAAAUGUAAAGCACA